GCCCACACGCUCGCCGGCGUUGACCAGGCCGGCCCUCCGCCGCGACGAGAUCCGCGCCACGCCGCGCGUGGGGACGCUCCACCUCCACGGCACCACCACCGCCCGGCACCGGCGAGAGGGCCGCGCCCAACUCCUCCUCUGAUCUCUCUGCCCCCCGAACUCGUCGCUCGCGCCGCCUUCUUCUCCUCCUGUUCCUAUGGCGGUGGCAGGCGGUCCUUGCUUGCUCGCCGUGGCGCUCGCCGCCGCUUGGAUCUCCGCCGCGGCCGCCUCGUCGUCGCCUGAGCCGGCAGGUAGAGGCCAGAAAUCCAUCAAUUGUAUGCCCUGCUCCAGGACGUACAUUGGCGAUGAAUAUCUCUACACCUUCACUGACCAGCUUGCUCCCCACCGUGGCUUAGCUGAAAUGUCUGACUCUGGUGAAUUGUGCAAAGGACUUACUGAUGCUGUUGAAGUGCCUACACUCUCAGAACUGCACCGGCAACUGGUUGGUGAAGGUUCUCACCGUCGUCUAGUCUAUUCUGUGAAAUUUGGUGCCUGUCAAGAUGCCAUGGUUAAUUUCCUUGAUGGCUAUGAUGCCCAUCUGGUGAUAAUUGAGAAGCUCCCGAAUGGGGUGUUUGCUGACCCAUUUGAGCUACAGCAUUUUGUUGAGCACAAAGUUUUCCUUGAUGUUGCUGUUUUCGGAGACACCAACCUUGAACUACCCUCAGCUCUGUCCAACCGGUCAACUGUUGAGAUUCAUUUUGAUCUCAGGCCAAGCACUUUAACAAACUGUAACAUUGUAAUAGACCUGCCUCUCCAUGCUAGAUACCCGCCUCUUGAUGCCAGCGAGCAUGCAACAGUCGAGUUUGGUAGCCCAGAUUUGCUCCUACGCUACAGAAAAAAAGAAAUCCGUUCCGAGUCCUGUUUGUGGGCGCUUAAGAAUCUCGAAGCCGCACCUGUGGAGAAAGCUGCGUGGCGGGUACCCUGUGGAGAUGAAGCCCACAUAGGAUUUGUAUCUAGCAUUACCUUUCUCUCUGCUCUUGUCUGUUCCAUGUCCAUUGUCCUAGCCGCUCUAGUUUUUUGAUGUCUUGGGCUCCAGGCAAAACUGGAAUGAAGUAAAGAAUGAUGUUGGGAACCUUAUAUUCUUGUUGAUCAAGCGAUCCGCAGAGCAAAACAUGCCACAA